AUGUAUAAUUAUAUAUAGAGAUCGAAUUCUCGAUCACAUUCUAAGCAACAUAUAUACUUAUUUGUCAACCACACCAAUGGAUUAUAUAUAUCUAUAACCCAUUUAAUAUCCUUUUUUCUUAUAUUAGGAACGACCAUUUUUGCUUAUUGUUCUCUUUUCAUGCCUCAAGUUUCCCUACUUUUCUGAAUCCUCCGUAAUGGCCAACAAGGACUAUGGAAACAACAAGAGAUCAGUUUGUGAGACAUCAAUGUUGUUGGUGGCAAACAUCAUCAGAUUAUCAUCUCUAAGAUUUUCUGGCCACAGUUUCACAAAAAAACUUACACCUCCUCAUCAAGAGGAACCAAUCCAUGUACCUACGGUGGGCAAAGGCAACGAAUCUUCGGUUUCUAAAUUUUACAUUAGUGGAAGAACACAUGAACCGGAGAGGAUCAACAUGCCUCGUUCCUACCUAACGAAACCACCAAAGGAGGAUCCAACAACCUAUGUGCAUCAAGCACAAGACGAUGUUGACGUCAACGCUGAGAACUAUAUCAGCCAUAUUCGUGGAAAGAUAAGGAAUGAUGCUAAUGUUCAUCAUUGAUACAAAGUGAAAACGCUUUUCUCUAAUUCUCUUGUAUAGUCAAGUAGAUUUUGCACUUUUAAUGAUUUAUUGUGUAAAGCUAUAUUAAUUAGCUAGCUUGCCCAUGUUUCGUUUUCUGUUCAAAAGAUCAAUAAAAAAAAGUGUAGUUUUAAUUCUA